CGACUGUCACUCUCUCGCUACCAUGGCAACCACCCUUUUGCCACACAUGACCUGCCCACUUGCGCGCGCACGUUUGAUUUGAGGAAUUCAAGAGACACGGAUCCUAGGAAUACCAAAACAAUGGCAGAGAAACAGCAAGCAAAAUUCACAGUACCGGCCUAUGCAGUUACUGAAGGCAAACCAGGCAAAAAAGGAAGACAGUAACAGUACAAGAAAAGGCAAUGAACAAAAAGUCUUUGGAUAAACAAAGAAAUAAAACGCGAGUUAAUAUCGGCGUGGCUUUCCAGCGAUGGCGAGAACUGAGGGAACUCAAGGGGCUGAAAAGUGACUCCUUGAUGGCUUUAUUUCUGCUGGACAGUUAUGAGAAAGACAUAUCAACGUCCACACCAUCGAAAAGUGGAUUUACAAUGGCACCACCACCUGUAUCCACUAUUGUCUCGGAGUCGCUUUCUGACCGAGAUGAUGACUUCUCAGUCCCUGGAGUUGAAGAGUUGGAUAGUAGCAGCGUACAGGAUAAAAACAUUCAGGAAUUAGAUGCAAGGACAUGUGGGUGGGAGUCCUGCACCAUGUCACAGGAGAACACACGUGGGCUCUUGGUGAGUGUAAACAUGGCCCCUUGCUGGACGACAGAGAUAAAGAAUUGAUUGAGAGUGGUUCAGUGGCACAUGAGAGGCUGGCUGAAAUUAUUCUCGAUGAACGCUGGCUGAAGGUCGUCCCCAAGUAUCUGAAUUUCAGGUCAACUGCAGAUUUGGAGUCGUUUCACAACCACAUACUGAUGUAUGCCAGCAAGCGCUUCAGCUUUUCCCCACCAGUUUAUGCUGCUCGUACCAUGCUGGCUGGCCUCGAUUACAACCAUCUUCUCCAUAGACCAGCCAGGAGAAAAGCUGAUGGCACAAUUCAGUAUGGCAAGGUGUGCAACAAAAAGUCCAGGAAGUGGAGGUUAUACUCAUUGAAGGUGGAGAAGGACUACAGCUACAUCUCUGACCUACAGCGUGCCAUCCUCCUUCGACGGAUAUCAGCUAAUAAGGGGAUUCCUAGAAGCAGAACCAGGAGACCUGAUGAUCCCCGUCAACAUGGCGUACUGUCUGGUGCACCUGCUCCAUCAACACAGGAGCUAUUCCAAAUUCAAGUCAGCAGAGGGUUAGGUCAAUCGCUGCCGAAACAAUGAAUAAUCUCCACAGGACCAUAGCUGAUGUGAUGCUACGUCCCAAGUCUGACCCAUCUACCAGUCAAGAUACCUCUGGAAACCCAAUGUCUUAUAUGUGUUAUUGUUGAUUGUGCUAAUGUUUUUUAUAUUUGUGAUUAUAG